UACGGGCUGUACUGGGUAGGGAGCUUUUGCCAGAGGCAGAUCUAAAUUUGUAAAUACUGUUGUUAUUUUCUCCAUUCACCCACCUGCAGAAAGCUUGCCGCAGUCACAAGAAAGCAGGGGGAGAACAGACAAACUACUGUAUUUGAAAUUUGAAAACAAAUCAAAGGGUAUUUUAAGCUUUUAAUUGUAUUGUUAAGUCCAUUAAGUAAAGGUCAGUGGUCAUUUUGCCCAGCAGCCCUGAUCCCCUUGGAACGAGCCAGUCACUAGAAUUUAUUCAAUGAUGCUGAGCCAGCAGCCUCUGAUACACAUAAAUUAACUGAUGUAUAAUAACUCUGUGCUUUCAUUUUAAGCCCUCCCUGCAUUAGAACUGAACUACCCCAAAGGGUACACUGGGAUGCAGUUCUCUUGAACAUGGUUUCAGCAGAUCCAGUAAUGCAAAUUUUACACUUCCUCAAGCUCAGUAGUCAGCACACGCAGGAAAACCUGUAGGUUUAAGUUGCUUGAAAGUAUCUUUCUUAUUUGAAAGUAGGCACGGUGGUAAAAUCCGAAGUUUUGGGAAGGGCUGGGUGGUGUUUUCGGACGAGGCAGAGGUAUUUCAUAGUGAAGGUAUUUUCCUUCUUCAGCAGAAAAAUCUCUCUGCCAUUUACGGAGCAGAAAAGGUAAGUCCAUUAAUUCUUCUGUGUUGCGUAUUUCAAUUAACUCCUUUAAAGAUAAUGGUUCAUAAGGGAAUGACUUGAAAAGCACAAUGUUGUGGCUCAACAGAGUCACGUGCAGGUACUUCGUAAUGUCCUGAGGCAGCAAAACUGCACGAAAACACCAGCCACUGCCAAGAAGGGUGAAUGUGGAGCAUCACAAAACCACGGGGCUUUAACAGGAUUCUCCCAGUAACGUGUUUUGAUCGUAUUUCUUUCAUGCAGAUGCUAGAUGAAAAUCACCACCUAAUACAGUGUAUUAUGGAUUAUCAGAGCAAGGGGAAAACCGCAGAAUGUACUCAAUACCAACAAAUCUUGCACAGAAACCUGGUUUACUUGGCAACAAUAGCAGAUUCUAACCAGAACAUGCAGUCUUUGCUUCCUGCUCCACCAACGCAAAACAUAAACUUGGGCCCCGGAGGAAUGACUCAGAGUGCAUCCAACCAGGCUCUCCAUUCGCAGAGCAAUCUCAGCGAUGCCAUUGGGACGGGCCUUCCUCCUUCCUCCCUCAUGCAGAGCCAGAUUAGCAACGGUCCCAAUCACGUGUCUAUGCAGCAGUCAGGCCAGAACACUAUGCCCACGACCUCUCUGAGUAUGACUGUCAGCAGUCAUGGAACUGGGCCUGGUUAUAGCCAUACAGUGCCUGCAUCUCAGAAUGUGCCAAUGCAAGGCCAGGGGUCAAUAGGCAAUUAUGUCUCUCGAACAAACAUCAACAUGCAGUCUAAUCCAGUCUCCAUGAUGCACCAGCAAGCAGCGACGUCGCACUACAACUCUGCGCAAGGAGGCAGCCAGCACUACCAGGGGCAGUCCUCCAUCGCCAUGAUGAGCCAGAGCAACCAGGGCAACAGCAUGAUGGGGCAGCGACCCAUGGGCCCCUACAGAGCUUCGCAGCAAGGUUCCUCGCAGCAGUACAUGGGUCAGGAAGAAUAUUACAGUGAACAGUACAGUCAUGGCCAAGGCUCCUCAGAACCCAUGAAUCAGCAAUAUUAUCCAGACGGCCAUGGUGAUUAUGCCUAUCAGCAGUCAUCCUAUACUGAGCAGAGCUAUGACAGGUCGUUUGACGACUCCACACAGCAUUAUUACGAAGGAGGAAAUUCUCAGUACAGCCAGCAGCAGGCAGGGUACCAACAGGGAGCUGCACAACAGCAAACGUACUCCCAGCAGCAAUACCCAAAUCAGCAAAGUUACCCGGGACAACAGCAAGGAUACGGACCUGCACAAGGAGCCUCUUCACAGUAUUCCAGCUACCAACAGGGACAGGGGCAGCAAUACGGAAGUUACAGAGCUUCUCAGACAGGCCCGUCCGCUCAGCAACAGAGGCCUUACGGCUACGAGCAGGGACAAUAUGGAAAUUAUCAGCAAUAAAAGAAUACGAUCCCGUGUCAGAUUCAUUUCAAUAGUAUCUCCAUCUUUUGAACUGGAUGUACAGGCAGUUUUGAUUAAUUGUAAUAUGUUGGUUACCCCUUAGCACAAAGCAGCGUCUGUAUGUGAACAGUGUUCAUUUCAUGCUGGAUAUGAAGCAGUGCACUACUGGUAACAAGACAAUGCUUUAAUGGUUUGAUAUUUGGUAGUGUGUAUAGUACUGUAUGUUGAUACAAUGCAGAAGUUUUCCAUUUACCCCCCCUACCCUGCCCCAUUCUUGAUGUUUCUAAAUAGCUUUAGGAUCAUUUGAUCACAGUUGUGCCCCAUUCUGGAAAACAGCCAGGUUAUUCUGCAGUCUGGCUCAAUACAAAGCCAUUCACUCACAGCUCGGUCCAGGGAAGUAUCCUGUGGGAGGUUAUUGAUGGUUUUUAACUGAAUGCAUUGAAAGAAUACCUGCCAGCCUCUCAAAUCCAUGGCUCUUAACUUUACUUCUUCAGAGUAAGGGCAUGGAUACAUCCUUUAGGUGAAGACAGUUCUAUGCUAGAUGAUAAAAAUUAAAACGAACUGCAAUUUCUGCAAUAGCUACCUACCCAAGUCUUAUAAUUCAGUAAUCUGCCUAAGUCCACAUUUCUGUUGUAAAAGGUACAGAAAGAGGAUCAAAACCUGUAUUCAAGGAAAUGUUAAUCACUAGAGGCACCUUUUAUAUAUCCAUGUAAACUAAAGUAUUUCUCUCAUGGAAAGAAAAAUAGAGGAGAGCUCUGAGAUCUGCAGUGUCAGCCUACUAGAUGUCAAUAUUGCUUCAUAUUGUGCUUAGCUGAGAAAAACAUCUGGCAAAACUCCAGUCUUAAACAUGCUACUCCAAAUUUUAUAACUCGCAUAUACAUUUUCAUGCCAAAUUAUGCAAGCAGGUGGCUGGCAUCCUUCAUUAUUUCUGAUUCUUCCAUUGCCCUUGCUCAGAUUUUCCAGCAAGCAUUAUAACCAUAAAUAUUGUCAAAUCUCUUGGUCGACUGUUCUUACAGCUCAUUAUCAUUUUUAUUUUUCUCCUGUAGCUUGACAGAAAUAGGUCAGAAGUAAAAGGAAAAAAAAAUCCAUCUUCAUUGCAGAUAAGAAAGUAAAUUCAGCUUUAAUUGUGAAACAAUAUUAUGCAUAUAGAGAGGGGAACUAUUAAUGGGGUCAACCAGUGAGAGAAUACCUAUAGGGGGAGAACUUAGAAAUAAAAACUAGUGGUAUGUAAAAGCCAGUAUGAACAAUGUAAGUCACUUCUAUUGAGUUUUAUAUGUUCUUAUAAAGUGUUGAAAAAAAGCACUUCUAAAGUGCUUAUAUAAGUGCUGAAUGAAUUACCAAUUUUCUCAGAGGCAAAAGGCGAGGAUGACUAUACUCCAUGAGCAUUUUUUAACACAAGAUUAAUUGCACAUUUACAAUAUACAAUAAAUACACCCUCCGUAGGAUUUUCUCCUUUGUCUGAAACGGUGUAUUUACAAGAUUUCAAGUUCUAGUACUUUAUAUUUUAAAAAACCAAGACCACUGGAAUAAAAAAAAAGAUCUCUCAAUUCAUUACUUUUUUUUCCUGUAGUGGAAAGUCUUUAACUGAACAGCUGAAGAGUUUACUAUUAAAUGUUGUCCAAGCACUGCCCUUGCUACAUUAAUGAUUUCAAUUACUGAUGAAAAUUGAAGACAUUUUUUUAGUCAGUCUUCAUUUCUCUCACCUUCCCUGCUGGUGUUUUCAUACAAGUAAGUACUCUCAAAUAGCAAGGAACAGAAAAGAAGUAAGAUUGUUUUCUUUACAAUAUAUUAUUACAGGUAGCCAGAAGAAUGCAAUAUUGCUCUUUGCCAGCUUGGAAAUACGCCUUUUAUGUGGUUUUGGAAAGUGCUGAAAUACUUUUGGGAGAAUAUGAACAACACUUAAAAUGAAACAGCAACAUUACAUCAAUCUGAAAUGUCUUACAUUAAGAACUUCUUGAAUGUUGUGUAUAUAAUGUAUUUGAAAGAGCACUUUGGAAAUAGUUUGUACAUUUAUUUCCUAAUUUAUACAUGACUUUUGGUGUUAAUAUUUAUAAUUGUUAAUAACAAAAUGUUUAUUUAAUGUGUUGUCCAUUUUUAUGUAUUAAUGUGGAAACAAAGUGAUGCCAGCAUUUUGACCUCUUCCAUUAAUUGUAUCAUUUUCUGUUUUGUAAUACAGAAUGCUUGAAAAUUGUUUAGGUUAAAAAUUAUCUGAAAACGAA